AUGGCUGAAGUCAGCAUCGACCAGUCCAAGCUGCCGGGAGUGAAGGAAGUGUGUCGAGAUUUCGCUGUCUUGGAGGACCACACCCUGGCCCACAGUCUGCAGGAACAGGAGAUUGAGCAUCAUUUGGCAUCAAACAUUCAGCGAAACCGUUUGGUCCAGCAUGACCUCCGGGUGGCUAAGAAACUGCAAGAGGAGGAUCUGAAAGCUCAGGCUCAGCUUCAGAAGCGCUACAAAGACCUUGAACAACAGGACUGUGAAAUUGCUCAGGAAAUCCAAGAAAAGCUGGCUAUUGAGGCAGAGAGACGGCGCAUUCAGGAGAAGAAGGAUGAGGACAUAGCUCGCCUUCUGCAAGAAAAGGAGUUACAGGAAGAGAAAAAGCGAAAGAAACACUUCCCAGAAUCCUCUGGAGGGAAUGCUUAUGGAGAAAGUUACUAUUAUGAAGAUGGAGGAAUGAAGCCGAGGGGCAUGAAAGAAUCAGUCUCUACUCCAUCGCGAGUUACCCCCAAAAAUCAGGAAUGGUAUGAUGCUGAAAUUGCCAGAAAACUGCAAGAAGAAGAAAUUUUGGCUACCCAGGUGGAUCUGAGAGCAGCUCAAGUGGCCCAGGACGAGGAAAUUGCUAGACUUUUAAUGGCUGAAGAAAAGAAAGCUUACAAGAAAGCCAAGGAGAAAUCGUCAUUGGACAAACGAAAACAUGAUCCCGAUUGUAAGCCCAAAACAGCUAAAUCAGCCCACUCAAAGACAAAAGACAGUGAUGAACCUCACCGCUCUAAGAAUGACAGGCCUGCAAGGCCGCCACCACCUACCAUGACAGAUGCUGAGGAUUUGGAUUACACUUAUUCCACACGCCAUUUCUCAAAAUCAGAGUCCUCUCAUAAAGGUUUCCAUUAUAAGCAGUAA